AUGUCGGCCUCGAGUAGAGGGAGACAGGCAGCAUGGCCUCUGCUAAAAAGGUCUUCCCAAGUCUGUUCCCAGUGUGCACGAGGGCAAUUCAGGCCAGCCGCUCGCUUCUACUCAGCAGUAGCCGUCCCCGUCGAGACGAGCACGCCGCCGCCCAUUGAACCCGUCAGCACAUCCUCCAUGCCGGCGCCCACGCCAAAGGCUGUCUACCGCAUCAAGUCGGGCAUCAUCCUGUCGCGGCCGCCGAUCCUCACGCAGCCGCAGACGCCGUUCGAGUCGGCCUUCUACCUGUACCAGAAGCGGCUGAACGAGCGGGUGACCGCGCCCUUCUCCAAGAAGUUCUACUUCAAGCGCGACACGGCCGUCGAGCUGGACUGGAAGAUCAAGGUGCGCGAGCGCGGCACCGUCGCCAAGGAGACGGGCGGCUACACGGGCGGCCGGAGCGGCGCCGCCCCCUGGGAGGACGAGGUCCUCGUCGGCAGCGAGCUGGCGGACCCGGACGUCGUGCGCGCCACGCUCGUCCGCGACGCCGAGCUGCGCGUCAGCGAGGACGGCGAGGAGCUGAGCGUCGAGGACCGCGUCCGCGUCGAGCAGCCGCUGCCGAGGGAGACGAAGGCGGACCGCAAGAACGACGUCAGGAGGCUGGACCGCAAGCUCGACCGCACGCUGUACCUGGUGGUCAAGGGCAAGGAUGGCUCGUGGGGCUUCCCGGCCGGAGACAUGAGCACUGAGGAGACGCUGCAUGUGGCCGCAGCAAGAGUCCUCGCCGAAUCGGCAGGCGUGAACAUGAACACCUGGAUGGUUGGCCGUGUCCCGGUCGGCCACGUGGUCAACAAGCCCGUCUACAAGGAGGACGGCACCUCACUGCAGAAGAAGGGAGACAAGAUCUUCCUCCUGAAGGGCAGGAUAAUGGCCGGCCAGGCUGACCUGAAGGAUAACAAGAUGGGACUGGUCGAUUUCAAGUGGCUGACCAAGGAAGAGCUGGAGACGGAGCUGGAUCCCCACUACUACCACAGUGUACGAAAUGCGAUGGUCGGACGGUAG